AACAUACGCGAACUAGAAUGUAUUAAAAUAUUUGUUUUUGUCUAUAAUAGUAAUAAUAGUAAAUAAUAUUCAUUAUUCAGUGCUAUACAAAUAUUAAUAUGAUUUUUUUAAAUUGUAACACAUUCAUGGUAUUUUUGUGCGUAUCACAUCAUGCUUAUGCUUCGGAAUCGUCAAAAAAUAAAAUCGAUUGUACCGAAUACAGAUCGUGCACAAAAUGUGCGAACGAAACGUUGUGCAGUUGGUCGUUGGAACAUCAGAAUUGCGUCCAACCGGAAGAACUGUGGGGGAACUUGAUGGUGCACGUGGAGACUGACUGCCCGCAGUUCAAGGUGGACAAGUUUUCGUGGCUGAAAGACGUGACUUACAGUUACACGUUGUCCGUGUCCAACGACAAGAAAGACUUCAUGGCAUAUCUCCGCAGUGUGACAAUCACGUGUGCGCUACAAACGUAUUACCUCAAGGGCAGGGUCGACAAGAACGAAAUCAAGUGUGAAGGAAAUAAACGGACGCACGUCGAUUUCCAGCUCAGCAAACAGAUGAUUUACUUCUAUUACAUCAAGUUCAACAACAACUCGGUGAUACUGAGGCUGGACAACGAUUCGGACUAUUACGUACCGCACUAUGACCACGAAUGCGGCGUCAAGAGAGACGACGAUUGCAUGACGUGCGGGUGGACCGCCAACGGGUACAUCAACUACUUCAAACGGUGUUCGAGCGCCAACCGGUGUUCGGGGUUGUACCAGUUCUAUGAUAGGCGGUAUGUGCAGAAUUUUACGGCCAUCGCAACGGCUGCGGCUGCGACGACGGUGCCGUUACAAUGUGCUAACGCGAGCAUCUCGUCGGUGGCACCGGUUUCGGCGCCAUGGACCGGCGGCACGGUGGUGCGCGUCACCGUCAAGAACCACUGGAUACUAACCGAGAAGAAGUUGGUGACGGUGACAGUGGCCGGGCGAGAGUGCACCGACCCGAGGUCGGUGGACAACGAGACAAUCUCGUGCACCGUAUCACCGCCGCCAAGAGAAGAGCCGAAGUCGGUCAGCGACCCUGCCAAGCUCACAGAAGGCUCGAUCGUGGUCGAGUACGGUCCGAGGCAGAGGUUCAGUAUCGCUUCCACGUUCACGUUUAAGCUUGUCAAUCCUCGACUGAUGGACGUGAGACCGACCUGUGGCCCGCUAUCGGGUGGAACGCCACUGAUCAUCACCGGCCAGCAUCUGGACGUCGGUACCUCUGUGCGCGUGGUGGUUGGCAACGACACGACGUGCUAUGUGGUCGACCGCUCGGCAGACCGUAUUUCGUGCUUGACGGGCUCCGCGGAUGCUCCAACUGGCGGCGCCAUCAGGGUGGUGUUCGACGGCGGGCUCACCAAGCAGGCGGCUGACCGACAGACGUUCAUCUUCACCGACAACCCAGUGCUGGACGCGUCGCAACCCUUGGCGGGCAUCGUUUCGGGUGGCACAGCGGUCCCGGUGCGCGGACGGCACUUCUCUUGCGCUCGCAACACCGUGAUGGCCGUCCACCUGCACAACGGCACCGUCCACCAGACCGGUUGUCAGAUGCACAACGACACGUUCAUGGUGUGCCGAUCGCCUACACUCAGCGUAGACGAUCUUACGACACGGCGCGUGCAUACGACCACCACCGCGGCCGAGGAUGACGAAGCCGAUGAGGCCACCCCGAUUGGCUCGUUGGCGUUUGAACUCUACGUGACGUACGACGGCGGCUCGAUCGCGAAACCACGACCCGGCAACGGCGAUGCCAUGCCCAGGUACCACUUGUACGCGGAUCCGGUGUUGGACGACUUAGUGUCGGACGGCCAUGCGGUCACUGUCAUUGGCCGAAACUUUGACUGGGGCUACGCCGCACAGUACCAGGGCAACGACACGGUCGUCCGGUUGCUCAUCAAUGACGACUUGACCGUUUCCACCGAGUGCGACGUCACGUCUGUUGACCGGCACCGGAUCGUGUGCAUGCCGAAAGCCGCGGCCGACUUGGACUCGGUACGAGCGGUCGAAGUCACCUUCGGCGUGUCCUUCAGACGUGUCGUCCACAAGAGGCCCACCCGUCCCGUCGAUGGCAGUCGACAGUCUUGGACCGAUGGCCGUACCACCCUUGCCGUAGCCGUUUCGGCGGCGUUGUUGUUGUUCUGCUCGUGCCUAGUGCAGUUGUGCGGAAGAAAAAUCCGAAAGCGGUACAACUGCAGCACGCCCCUCUUCGAACUGCAAACACCGGAAUAGUAUCGAAAUACCACAAUGUAGCUCAGGACAACUGCACUCCACUAUACCUACUUAUUCUUAUAUUUUCAUACUCAUUUUAAAUUAUAAUUUAUAAUAUAUCACAUGCCACACGGAUAGCUAAAUAAGUAACAAUAAGUAAUAAAAAAGUACUUAUGUACUUUUAUUUAUAUUGAAUGGUUUAUCUGCAAGCAUGCUCACAACUCUGAUUGUUGACAUUUUUAAAUAUAUUUUAAAACUGAAAAGAUUAUUUUAACAUCUUAAGAAGUGUCGUAGUGAUACGAAUUUCUUAUUUUUCUAAUGAGCUCACUUUUUACUGUAAUUUAUUUAGUGGGUAAUUUGAUUGAACAUUUAGAUACCUAUAUCUAGUUCCAAAUUUGAACGAGCAGUUCUCAGUUAUUGAAAUUCUUAUAUUAAGCAUGCUAGGUUGGUAAGUCUAAAAAAUGGUUUUACAAAAAUAUUAAUAAAUCUUGUAUUUAUAAUA